AGGUGAGAGCUGAUGAGACGCCUGCGGUGGAGGCCGUGUUAAAGGCCGACACAAAACGCCUGAAGCUGUUGGAGGAGGAGAGGCAGCUCCAGGGGCUGCUGGAACGUGGGGACGACCGAGCGGGAGACAGACUGCAGAAGGUGUAUGAGGAGCUGAGAGCCUCUGGGGCAGCCUCGGCGGAGGCCAAGGCGAGGAGGAUCCUGGCCGGUCUGGGCUUCAACCCCGAGAUGCAGAACCGGCAAACCAGGAAGUUCUCAGGGGGCUGGAGGAUGAGGGUCUCACUCGCCAGAGCCCUGUUUAUGGAGCCCACAUUACUGAUGUUGGAUGAACCCACAAACCACUUGGAUCUCAACGCUGUCAUCUGGCUCAACAAUUACCUGCAGAGCUGGAAGAAGACCCUUCUCAUCGUGUCCCACGACCAGGGUUUUCUUGACGACGUGUGUUCAGACAUCAUCCACCUGGACAAUCAGAGGCUUUACUACUACAGGGGCAACUACAACAGCUUUAAGAAGAUGUAUCAGCAGAAGCAGAAGGAGCUGCUCAAACUGUACGAGAAACAGGAGAAGCGACUGAAAGACCUGAAGGCUGGCGGCAAAUCAACCAAACAGGCGGAGAAGCAGACGAAAGAGGCUUUUACUCGGAAGCAGCAGAAAUGCCGGAAGCGAAAUCCCGAUGAGGAGAGUCAGGAAGCCCCGGAGCUGCUGAAGAGACCCCGGGAAUACACAGUUAAAUUCACCUUCCCCAACCCCCCCCCACUUAGCCCCCCCAUCCUCGGCCUGCACGGUGUGGACUUUGCUUACGGUGGACAGAAACCAAUCUUCACCAACUUGGACUUCGGGAUUGACAUGGAUUCCAGAAUCUGUAUUGUGGGACCAAAUGGCGUUGGGAAGAGUACUUUACUACUGUUACUGACGGGAAAACUGUGUCCGACCGUGGGUGAGCAGAGGAAGAACCACAGGCUGAAAAUCGGCUUCUUCAACCAGCAAUACGCCGAUCAGCUGAACAUGGAGGAGACGGCCACCGAGUAUCUGAUGAGGAACUUUAACCUCCCGUAUCAGGACAGUCGCAAGUGUCUGGGGAGAUUCGGGCUGGAGAGCCACGCGCACACCAUCCAGAUCAGCAAACUGUCAGGUGGACAGAAAGCCCGAGUGGUGUUUGCGGAGCUGUCCUGCCGACAGCCAGACGUGCUGAUUCUGGACGAACCCACAAACAAUCUGGACAUCGAAUCCAUCGACGCUUUAGCCGAAGCCAUCAACGAGUACAAAGGAGCGGCGAUCGUCGUCAGUCAUGACGCCCGGCUGAUCACAGAGACUAACUGCCAGCUGUGGGUGGUGGAGGAUUCCAGUGUCAGUCAGAUUGACGGGCAGUUUGAAGACUACAAGCGCGAGGUGCUGGAGGCGCUGGGAGAGACCAUCAUGAACAAGCAGAAGGAGUAGCGAGACCCCACUCCACGCGCGGAACUCCCUCCUUCCCUCCCUCCCUCACGUGGAGAGCAAGAGACAGACAGACACAGACAGACAGACACAGACAGACACGAUGUGGACCUUAUUUAUGAUGAUGUGAGGUGUUCAUAAACUCUCGGAAAAUUGCCAAAAAAAAAUUAUUUUCAGCAAA